UAACGUCACCAUUCUUCAAUUAUCCCCGCGCUCCUGGCGCCCUUUUGAUAAGGACGAAAAUUUACCCAUGUUGACGAUCUAUAAUUUCUCGUCGGUGGUAAUAUGCUGUAUUGAGGUUAGGUUUAUACAUUGAAAUUUGAAACACGGUGUAUGCAUUCUGUGAAAAUAAAAAGAUGGGAAGUUUAAUAGGCACACGUUUCUGUGCUAAUACUCAAUUAAGGAAUCAUACAAUAAUUUCAGUAUUAAAAUCAAUGAAGAAAUAUGUGCAUAAUUGUUCAUCAAAUAAAGAAAUAUAUAAUAUUCAAAACCAACAAGGAUUUCUGCAAAUCACUCAGUGUUGCCAUAUUUUAAAUCUUUCACUUUGCAAUAGUGUCAAAGUGAAUAAUGUAAAAUAUUUUUCUAUGACCUCUGUAUUGGCAAAAACUAAAGACCGUGGCGAAAAGAAACAAAAGAUUCAGCACAUUGAUUAUAAUGAGUUAGAACAAGUUGUUGAUAUUACUAAAUUAACUUCUCAACUCGACAAGGUCAUUGAAGGCUUAAAAGAUGAUUUUACUCAGCAUUUGUCAGUAAGAUCAAGUAUAGGUGCUAUUGAGAUGUUAUCUGUUAAAUUUGAAGGAAAGGAUUACAUGCUGCAAGAGCUUGCACAGAUUAAUCGUAAGCCUAAAUUGAUAGUGCUGAAUGUAUCUUCCUUUCCACAAGCUAUCCCAGAUAUUCUAAAAAGCCUCAUCAAAAAUCAAAUGAAGCUGAAUCCGCAACAAGAUGGGACUACAAUUUAUGUUCCUAUCCCUAAAAUAACAAAGGAAUAUAGAGAAACCUUGUCUAAGAAUGCAAAAAGUUUUUAUGUGAAAUGCUGUGACAACAUUAGACAGAUACGCAAUAAACAAAUUAAGGUUGUGAAACAAAAAGAAAACUUAGCUAAAGAUCUGGCAUUCAGGAUAGAAAAUUAUAUAGACAUUCUUAGUCAUCAAUAUGUAAAUAAAGCAGAACAAAUGCUAAAAACUAAACAAAAAGAAUUAUUAGGUGAUUCUGAAUAAAUUUGUUUGGUUUCAAAAAUUUAUAAUU